AUGACGAAUGUUAUUUUCUCAAAAUAUUCUUAAACAAAAAUUACUAAGUUAAAACAGAAUGGGAAACGAGGACUUGAUGAAUAAUUCUAAAGCUGAAAAACAUUUGGAGCAAAAGCGAAAAUCAAAAAAGAUUAAAAAAUUUUAUAAUCUUUUAGAUUUUGUGGUGGUAAAGAACAAAAACACAAAAACGCAAAAAAUCAAAUAUGUAAAAGUAUCAAAACAAACUCAGAAAAGAGGAAAAAUUCGAAAAAAGAAAAUUACCACAAUUAAGAAACGAAUUUUGCGAGAGAGAAAUGAGAAAAAAAUUAAGAUGGAAGAAGAUCUGGUUAACCAAAUAGAUCUGUUAAUAAUGAAUGAGGGAAAAGCUGAUGAAAGUAAAUGCUGUGAUGAUUUGAAUAAUCAGUUUACGGAGUUAAAGGUUUCAGAGCCAGUAGAGCUAAACUUAUCACAAGAAUCAGAAGAAGUACAAUAUAAUAAUUUAAAUCACAUCCAGCAUUCAAGAAAUUUCAGAGAGUACUGCGACCACUUUAUCACUCAAGAUAUCAAGAAGUUUACGGAAUUAAUCUUCAAAGAUCUCUUCAAGUUUCAGGAGAAUAAAUUUCAACAAAACCCUGUGAAAGCUAAAGCGAAUAAACGUUACGUCGUAGGAUUUAAGGAAGUUAAGAAGUUUCUUAUCGCAAAGCGUUUGAAAUUAAUGUUUAUUGCACCUGACCUAGCAAGAAGCAAAGAAGUCGACGCUAUUGUGAAUGAUAUCAAAAUCCUUGCAAUCGAACACAACGUUCCUUAUGUGUUUAGCAUUAAGCGACGGCACAUUGGAUAUCUUCUAUUAAAAAAGGUCCCUGUCAGCAUCGUUGGAAUUUUUGAUUAUCAAGGAACGACUGAUAAUGUUAAUUCUCUUCUGAAAAGUGUUCAAACUGAAAGAAAUAACUACAAAAGUAAAAUAAAAGGAGUUUUUCUAUAAAAAAAGAUUUCUUGUCUUUAUUUGUU